CUCCCCCCGAGCCCGGCUCGGCUCGGCUCGGCUCGGCUCGGCGGCACCGGCCGCAGCGCACCCCCAUUCACGGCAGAGGCGCCCGCACAGCCACCGGCCCCGGGAGGUACCGGCCCGCUUAGCGGGCUCCGAGGACCGUCCACGCGUGAGCCCGACCCGACGUGGCUGCGACCGGCAGUGCCCGGCCCGGACAGGGUUCUGCGAGGACCGACCGCGCGUGACCCUGCACCGGGCUGCUGCUACCGGUACCGGGAGGUCCCGACCCGUCCGGGUGUCUCGAGGACCGGCCGCCCGUGAGCCGGUACCGGCAGGGCCCGACCCGUCCAGGCGUCUCGAGGAGCGGCCACGCGCUUUGAAUAAUGUUAGGAAGUACGGCCACUUUUAUUUUGUUUUGGAGGGACUCCCUUUUUUACGGAAGGUGGAAGGACGCUCUGCCGGGAAGCAGCCGUUAGCGAUGAGCCCACCGCAGGGAGAGCCUUAAGCAGUAACUUCGGGAAGGCGGUGCGUGGAGAGUGAUGUUAAGAUGAAAAGGUGCUGUGAGGGUGUUGGGCUGCCAUGCCUCUUUAAGGGCGUUGGUAUGGCCAGCCCUCGGCCUCCAAAAUACCUCCUCAUCUUCGACUUUGACGAGACCAUUAUCAACGAGAACAGCGAUGACUCGAUCAUCAGGGCCGCGCCAGGGCAGGAGCUUCCAGAGCACAUCCGCCAAACGUUCCGCGACGGCUUCUACAACGAGUACAUGCAGCGCGUCUUGGCGUACAUGGGGGACCAGGGGGUUAAGAUGGGGGACUUCAAAACUGUCUAUGAGAACAUCCCCCUCUCCCCUGGCAUGCCAGAGCUCUUCCAGUUCCUCUCCAAGAACCACGAGAUGUUUGAGAUCAUCCUCAUCUCCGACGCCAACAUGUUUGGCAUCGAAUGCACUCUGAGGGCAGCUGGUGUCUACUCCCUCUUCCGCAAAAUCUUCAGCAACCCGUCUGGCUUUGACAAGAGGGGUUACUUUACCUUGGGGCCCUACCACAGUCACAAGUGCCUUGACUGCCCGGCUAACAUGUGCAAACGCAAAAUCCUGACGGAGUACCUAGCUGAGAGGGCCCAGGAGGAAGUGGAGUUCGAGAGGGUCUUUUACGUUGGUGACGGUGCCAAUGACUUCUGCCCUUCUGUGACUUUGACUUCGAGUGAUGUUGCUUUCCCACGGAAGUGCUACCCCAUGCACCAGAUGGCCCAAGAGAUGGAGAAGAAGCAACCCGGAGCCUUCCAGGCCACUGUGGUGGCCUGGGAUUCAGCGACGGAAGUUGCCCGCUAUCUGCAGGAAGUCCUCAAGAAAAAAUGUUGAGGGUGGCUGAAAAGGGACUUGCUUACCAUAAGCAGCUGGGAAAGGAGAAGUUCAGGGGAAGGUCCCCUACCUCGCACUCAUCUGGCACUGCUUCUCGCUCAGACUUCGAUUCCUGGGUUACUUCCCUUGCCACCUUCCCCUUUCUCUCAGCCAACCUCCCUUUUUCCCAGUUACUCUACAGCACUUUCUCUAGGUCCCACUUCUCCUUCCCCUUGAUAAUGAGAUGAAGUCUCCUCUAUGCAGCUAGGACACCUGUGCAAGCAUGGGUGUUUAGCAACACUUAAUUUCUUUCUCCCCCCCCUUUAGGUUUCACAAGAGCAAUUCUUAGAACCAGAGCCCAGCUCUCCUGCAGGCUGGACCACGCACACGCUUCCUUUUGCCUUGACCCCAGCACCUUGUACCUCCUCCAUCGCUUACUCCUCCCUUAGCUCCUUCGUGGCCUCUCUCCUCCCUCUGAUCCCUAUAGGCCAAGCCAGGAUCUGCUUACUGUUGCCUUGAACCUGGUUCUCCAAGAGCUCCUUGCCUCUCCAAGAGGCCACUGGAAACUUAACCCAGGAAGUGUCUGCUGAUGUUGGCCCCUGGCUUGCACGUCGCACCCUGCUUCAGGAGGGUCUCGCCCGGCGUUUCGCCCUUCGCUCGGUGAGCUUCGCGGGAGGACGACGGGCGCUCUGCGCUUGAUUCAGGCCGGGGGCGUAGGAGGAUGCAAUGGAUUUAAUCGUCUCCUAAGACUUUGUUCUCUGAAAAAAUGUGAAGGGAAUAACAGGAAACCUGUUGGAAAGGCGGCACCCACGUUGCACUCGGAAAACCGCCUGUAGGACCCGUUCCCCUCUGCCCGUUGCCAAGGCCACGUUCGUGUUUAAUGCGUCUCGGUGUGGACGUGCUUCGCUAAGGAGGACACAACCUACCUUUGGCUUCCGCCUCGACCUGGUGGUUUCGCUUCCAGGGCAAAACUUCUCGCAGGGCCCAGAAGCAGAGCUUUGUCCCUCGCCUUGCACCGCCUGCGGCACCAGCUCCGAGCCGCAGCGCCGCGUCUCCCGCUCGGGCGCUGCGGGUUUUGCUGUGCCGUAUCCUGACCUCCCCGUUACACCUCGGGGCGGUGGGGUGGGGGGGGAUUUACCUCCUGGCCUGCUCGAGAGGUGCUGAAACUCCCGGCAGCUGGAGCGGGAGUUGUGGUGCUUAGCGCUUCUCCCGGCACCGGGCCGCUGCAGGAUGAAACCCGCUGCGCCCUGCUCGCCGUUCCCGGGCCUUUGCAGUAUUAAUUGCCCCUUUUAAUUGCACUCUGGAGGGGGGGGAGGGGGGGCAACAGGAUUUGCUGCUCUCUUGUGCUGGUUUUUCCUGGAUUUAUCCACAGCCUUAAGUGCCCCCGAGGGCGGCUUGUAACGACUCCAAAGUGUAGAAACCCUGACAGCAAAUCUGAGAAGUGAGAAAAUAACCAAAGCAGCCCUGAGAUUUUCCUCCUUUAUUUCCUUCCUCCCUCACCUUUGUUCUUCCUCCUCUGGACCCUGUUCAACUGUGUGGAACUUAAGCCAUGGAAUUAAAACAAUACGUAUAUAUGUA